AUGUUUCACACUGAAGACGUUAAGAAAUGGAAUAAAGAAGUUAUAUUAAAAAUUAUUGAGAAUCUUAAAGAAAAUUUCGACGAAGCUCGGUAUGAGAUAUCCAAACAAACAGACAAUAUUAUGUCAACUGUCUAUAAUAUAUGCGUGAAGUUUAAGAAUAGGACAAAGAAUCAUAAUGAAGAAUUUUCUAUAAUACUAAAGAAAUCAACACAGUUAGAAUUUCUUAGACAGACAAUUCGCAGCGACGUUCAAUUUCAUAACGAAAUUUUAUUUUAUCGCAUGUAUGCCCAACCAAAUGAAAAUUUUGCGAAGUGCUUUUACAUCGAUGAACGACCGCCUUUUGAUUCGAUAAUCGCUCUGGAGAACGUUAAUGAACAAGGAUAUUAUUCUUGUACAUAUCCAUGUAAAUACAACACUCCUUUAGAAUACACAUUAGCAGCGAUGCGCGAGAUUGGACGAUUCCACGGAAAAGGGUAUGUAAUGAAGGAACUGCAACGCGAAAAAUUUUUCGCUAUCGUAGAACAGCUUCAAGAAAUUAAAUACGACAGAAUGAUAAAUGAAAAUCGUAUAAUCUUUCUCAACUUGACCGCGACGCGAGCAGUAGAAUAUCUCCGCAAUCAGGGUUAUGACACAGCCUUUUGUGAUAAAACAGAAGCCUUACUCUCGAAUGCGUUUGAUAAAGUAAUGAUGAAGGCGGUAGAAUCGCGAGAGCCAUUGUCUACGCUGUGUCAUGGUGACUUUGUAUUGGACAAUAUUCUUUUCAAGAUGGAAAACAAUGGACAAUAUCGAGCAAUACUGAUCGAUUUCGCAUUUUUGAGAUAUACAACGCCCGUCGUUGAUCUUUCCACAUAUCUCUGUCUCUCUUGCUCAAAUGAAGUAAGGAAAGAUAAGUUCUUCGAGAUUAUACGAGCCUAUCAUGAUGCACUAAAGGAAUAUCUCUUAGAGGCAAACAUUUGGGACAGCGAAAAAUAUUCAUACGAGGCUUUGCUGGAUGAUUACAAAAGAGAUGGUCUCUUCGGUUUCGUUAUUGCAUCUUCUUAUUUACCAAUAUUAAUGGGAUAUCUAAAAAAAGGAAAUUUGACAUGUAUAAAUGAAUUUGAAAACGAAGAAAGAGCAAAACAAAACAAACAAUUAGGCGGAAAUAAAAUUUCCAAGAUAUUAGCUGAUAUGUUGCUACAUUUGAGAGAUCUUGGUUGUUUAGAAUAG